CUUUCCUUAUCUAAAGAUAAGGAAAAAGAAACUUUUGAUUGAGUUCGUCCCAUAAUGUCAAUAUGUGGGCGUGUAUGUUUUAUUUAAUUGUUUGUUCUUCUAUCAUUGAAAUACCAGCAUAUCAGAGUCGAUCUCUAUCAAACUCUAUAAAGAGUGAAAGAAAUGUGCAAAGUUCCAAGAAGCGAUUACUGGCGCGAUCUCUAUCCUCACGCGUCAAGAAAAAAAAGUUAAGAGAAAAAAAGGAGGACUGCUGGCUCACACUCAACGCCAAACAGCAUUUCAAAACGAUGGAAGCAUUGGAAAAACAGUUCGAGAAAGCCCGGAGUGAAUAUGACGAACAACAGUUCUACGAUAAAUAUGACGAGGAAAUUCUAGGUACGCUUCUAGCCGACAAUGGCGCCACCGACCGCGAAACACAGAAGCAUGCAAACCUGAAGCGUCUAAUUCCUUCAGGUCUCAAUCUUGGAGGGCAGUCUAUGAUUAGGAUGACUGAUUCAAUCAUGUUCUUCCAUAGAAUGAAACUCCGCAACGACACAGUGUUCCGCGUCAACUACCUGAGCAGCAAUUUCACCAACAUGGUGUUGACUGGCCGGCUGGCUCUCAACGACCUGCACUUGAUCGGCUCUUACGAACGAGUUCAAACAACGCGCGACUCGCCAUCGACGCUCUUCUAUACGCCGUCUUACGGGGAAGUAGAAUUCCUGCUUCGAAACGUGAUAUACAAAAUGGAGGGUAGGUACAGACUGCAAAAAGAUAGAUUGUUCGUGGAGGUGAUCAUUUCCGAAUUAUAUAUACCCUACGAUGGAAUACUUAUGACGUACAGGAAUGUCAAUUCUACAUCAGAGGCGACGACUCUACAAACAAAACAUAUCUCCGAUUUUUUGGACAGAAUUAAAUCGGAUUUAGACUUAUGGCUGAAGGACUUUUUCAACGAAUUCCUUUUGAACAACCCGCCGAUAACAGUCCCUUCGCAAGAAGCAUUUCAAAAGUACGACAAGGAGAGGGUUUUAACGCUGAACAGAUAUGUGGACGAGGUCCUCGGUCACCUGACCACCCGUCUUGAGGAGUUGGGCGAUCAAAACGUUAAAUUGCCAAACUUUUCCAUCUACACUUUUACUGGCUGCAUUCUAAAAUUGAGUGACGGUACGUUGUCUGGUCUCGAUACCAUGUACCGCCGCUCUAUGGCGACCAACAACAUAGAUAAUGACGUCCGGCAGGUCGAUGCUCUUGUAUCAUUCAGCAACCUCAAGGUGCGGUACACUUAUGAGGUGCAAACGAUGACGGGUGUGCCGCCUCUGCACGGCAGCCUCAUAUUGACAGCCGACGAGCUGACAGCCCUCAUGAGCUUGCAUCUGGUGAAGAACCCGCUUUUUGUAGAUUUGAAAUUCGCCUUUUUAAUGCAAUUGAAACCAGAAUCCUUGACCGUGGAAGGCUCCGUUGCAGGAGUGAUAGCGAACUUCAAGCAUCUCCUGGAGUUGCACGUCAUAGCACUCAUGACGAACUCCAUGGUUGACCAGGUCAAGGCUUUGAAGUCGCUGGUUGAAUGUGUACCUACACUUUUAUCCAGGGCAUCAAAUGAAAACGGCAAAAGUGACACUGAACAUCAUACAAAGCAGAAAGAAUUAGUGGCGAAUACAGACACAACUAACAGAAAGAAGCCAGCAAAACGUGUCCCACUCUCAUCAUCAGACGAGUCGAGUAUUGUUGGUUUAGGGACCACUUCUGAAGAUGAGGUACAUGAUUUAAAAGUACUUUCUUCAGAUGCUAAUUCAGAUGAUUUGGUUAGUAAUACAGGUGACAGUAGUAGGUCUGUGGAUGAAAACUGAUGUAACUCUGAUGCCACUGAUACACUGAAAUUAUGAUUUUAAUCGUGUACAAAUUGUGUCAUUAUUUAUUUACGGGCCUAAAUUGUGUAUUUUAAUAAAAACUAAUUGAAA